UAAUAAGGAAAAUAUCCGACUCCGGGGAAGCUGCGAUUGUUGGCGGAAGCGAAGGUGGCCUAGAAACGAGACGAGAGAGAGGGAGAGAGAGAGAGGACGAGAAAGAGAGCGAUCGAGAGGGCGGCGGAUAGGAGGGAAGAGAGACAUGGAGGAGGAGACGAGGAAUCAAAUGAUGCAGAACCUCUUCGGCGAUCAAUCCGAAGAGGAGGAGGAGGCAGAGGAGGCUGAUUCCGAGCACGAGGUCGCUGCCAACCACUCCGAUUACCACUCGGAUGAAGCAGAAGGCGAGGCUGAGAUCGAUGGUGAAGGAGAAGGUGAAGGGGAAGGUGAAGUUGAGGGGCAAGGUGAAGUUGACGUGGAAAGCGAAGCUGAAGCCCAUGAUAUAGAUCUUGACCAUGGAGAGAGUGAGGGAGAAAGGGUUCAGAGUUCCCCAGAAAGAGAAAUUAGCGAUCAAAGGAUGGAGAGCGAGCCAAAAGAUGCUGACAGUGAAGAAGAAGGCUAUGGGCAAAGAGUAGUAACAAGCAGGAGGCGAGAAAUAGUUGCUAGUGAUUCAGAGGGAUCUGAGGAUAAUCAUUAUGCUGACCGUGAUAAUGAAGAUAUGGAGGUUGAUAAUACAAGGAAACCAAGGUCAGUAGAUGAGCAAAAAGACCAUGAAGUUGUUCGUGAUGUUUUUGGGGACUCUGAUGAGGAAGAACCUGCUGAAUAUAGCGCUCAGAACGAAAUUGAGCAACAUUUACAUAGAUCUCCUAUGGAGGAAGAAGGGAGCUAUGAGAAAGGUUUCAGACCAGAGGACAUAGUGCCCGAUGAUGAUGGCCAGUAUGAGUCAGAAGAUGAGAAUCUUGAAAAGAAACCAAAGGAGAAACCUGUUGGUCCACCAUUGGAAUUGGAUAUUCCGCUGCGCCCUCCACCAGGUCAUCCUGAAGGAAUGAACAUGAUCAAGGUGUCAAACAUCAUGGGCAUUGAACCAAAACCUUUUGAUCCUAAGACAUACAUAGAAGAGGAUGUGUUUGUCACAGAUGAAUCAGGAGCUAAGAAACGUAUACGCCUAGAGGACAAUAUCGUGCGCUGGAGAGCUGUCAAGAAUCGCGAUGGCACGACCUCUUAUGAAAGCAAUGCACGUUUUGUAAGGUGGGAAGAUGGAAGCUUACAGUUACUAAUUGGGAAUGAAGUUCUUGACAUAUCUGUGCAUGAGGCAGAUCAUGAUCAAACACACCUAUUUCUUCGGCAUGGAAAGGGAAUCUUGCAGUCUCAAGGAAGGCUUUUACGGAAGAUGAGAUUUAUGCCAUCUUCUUUAUCAUCAAAGUCUCACCGUUUACUGACUGCUCUUGUUGACUCACGUCAUAAGAAGGUUUACAAAGUGAAAAAUUGCAUUACUGACAUUGAUCCAGAGAGAGAAAAAGAAGAGAAGGAAAGGGUUGAAGGACAAACAAUCAGAGCCAAUGUACUACUUCAGAGGAAACGUGAAAAGGUGAACCGAAAGUACACACAAACUGUGAGCAGAGGACAACAGCUUUCGCCAGGGUUUUUGGAGGAGGCACUAGAGGAGGAAGAUGAGCCUGAAGACUAUUAUAAUUCUCGCCGGGCAGCUUCAGCUCGUAAUCGUUUUGAGGAAGAUAUGGAAGCAGAAGCACAGGCUGAGAAGCGCAUAAUGAAUGCAAAGAGAUCAAACAUACUCAAAAGUGUCCCUCGCAAACCAUCCUUGCUUGCUGCUCGUCUGGCAAGGCGCCGGGUAGAGGAAUAUUCGGAGAGUGACAGGGAGGAAUCUGAAUAUGAAAGUGAUGGUGAGGAUAUUGAGAGGUCACUGGCACAUACAAGGGAAGAUGAGCCAGACCAUGAAGAUGAAUAUGAGGAGGAUGAGGCAGAUGAAGAAGCUUUAGGUGCAAAUUCUUCAUCCAAUGAAGAUGAAUAUGAGGAGCCAAGGAAAAAGAUCAGGGAAACUGGAGGCAGCAGUCUGAAACGCAAGGAGAUAGAAUCAGAUGGAGAGUCUCCACCAAGAAAGACAACAGUGCAUCGUAGAAAGGCAGUUGUCUUUGACAGCGAUGAAGAGUGACUGGUAAGAGAAGAACUGGAUUUGACAAUGGAGCUGCUAAAUUGUAGCUGAUCUAGGCUCUGGUGGGAGGACACCUCACAUUAUCCGAGAUUACAACUCUAUAGAGACUCGUUGCACAAUGAAGUGUAUAUUUCACCUUCUGCACCAUUUUUUCUUGGUCUUAUUUUUAAGCUAGAAAGAGCUGGUCCUAUUGUCACCUUGUGGAACUUGCGGGCUCUGAAUCCAUCCAACAGAUGCAAUGGUUGAAUAAUUUGUUUAAAUUUUGUACUUAUAAAUACGAUGAUCAUUGUAUAUUCUAUGCCCAGUGUCAGAUUCCAGCUGUC